AGUUUCAGUUUCAGUUGUUUGAGAGACGUGUUUCAGAGCGGUUGUGCUGCGGUUGCGAGUCGGACUUACGUUACAUUUUGGCAAACAUUUAUUGGCAAGAUAACUGCUGCAGGGUAUGCGUGGCGAUUGAAUAUUUUUUUUGAUGAUACGUGUUUUUUUUUUUUCAAUAAAAAAAAAGAAAAUAAAUAAAAAACAAAACAAAAUCCUGCCAAAACAAAGAAAAAAAACAAAGAAAAAUUCCGCAAAUCUCAUAGUUGCCCAUCGAACGCUAAUAACGUCAUAAUUUCCAGCAUAUAUGAAUCAAUUUGUAAUCAAUUAAAAAAGCUAAGCAGCGGGUGGGCAACAACAACAAUUUACAACAUCGACAGACUCCGACCGAUUAGCAGGAAUCUGAUUAGAAAUGCAGACGAAGGCAAAAAGUAAAGACAAAGAAAAUGAUAGCCGGAAAACAACAACGACUACGGAGAUCAGCUUGACAAUUGUCGCCAUGGUGAUGCUGUUGCAACAGAUACCUCUCUCACAGGCAGCAUAUGAAGAUGAUCCCUGUGAGACCAAGAAUACACCCGGCAUUUGUAAAACCUGGGCCGAUUGUCCCGUCAUCAAGACCCUUAUACAGCGUAAUGUUUACACUCAACGAGAAGUGGUUAGCUGUGGUUUUGGUAUACGCGAAGAAUUGAUCUGCUGUCCACUUGUGGCCGAUGAAACAUCAACCACAACGACGACGACAACAACCACAUUGAGGCCACCCAGACCAAAUAUCGAAACAACAACACAAAGAGAUUUUUGGUUGGAUGAUUUGGAGAAAUUACAAAAAACAACAACAACGUCGACGACCACGACAACAACUCAGAAGCCUGAUUUUUGGUUGGAUUUAAUAACAACAAGCACCACAACACAGAAGCCAGAUUUUUGGCUCGAUUUUAUAACAACUACAAAACCCACAACGACAACAACAACCACAACUACCGUUAAGCCCAUAAUUGUUGGAGAUAAAAAAUUAGAUGGUUCCGUGGACUAUAUAGACUUGACAAAAUUGUUGGCAGAAAAGCGGGAAAAUAAAAAGAAAUCUGUUGACCAAAACUCGGAUGAAGCUCCAGCCAAGCCAUUGGAGGAACAAGUUGUGGAUCAGUGGAAUGUUAAUCCGGGAAAUGGUCCAGAAAAUCCGCAUAAUGGAAAUUUCCAAAAUGGAGCCCUGGUGAUGCCCCCAAACAAUGGUCACAAUGGGAAUCAGGGGAAUUUUCCAAAUGUACCCUUUGCGUUUCCCCAAAAUAAUGGCCAAGGUGCUAAUUGGAAUCAGGGUAAUAUUGGUCUUGGCCAGGGACAUAGGGGCCAAGGAAAUACGGGGCUUGGCCAAAUAGCAAACUUUCCCAAUUCCAAUCCUUUUAUAAAUUCUCCCGGUAAUCGUGGCAAUAGAGGCCAGGGCAACAGAGGUCGUGGCCCCAACAAUAAUGGAUGGACUGGCAGAUCUGGUGGCCAGGGGUUUUCGUUUCCCGACCAUAACAAUGGUGGCGUAAGGCCAAAUGAAUUCAAUGGCUUCCCAAAUAAUCCAAAUCCUGGAAAUAAUUGGAACUCUCCAAAUCAAUUUGGAGUAGCUCCAGUUCCGGUUGUCAAUCCUGGUUUUGUUAUUGAGCCCGCAAUUGAACAGGGCGAUCUUGUGGCAGCAGGAUCCAGUCCCCAAGUUGUGUGGGUUGCACCUGCAGAUCAAGUAGAAAUCAUAGAUCCCUCCCAGAUAAUUUCCCACCAUACCAUACCCGUAAUGGAAUCGUAUGUGAUGGAAAAUAAUCUGGAACCUCAAUCGCGGCCCAGUACCACAUCCACCCAGCCAUCGGCAAGCUUCAAUCCCAUACAAAAAGUCUAUGAAAAUCUCAUCAAUUCUGGCAUGGAUAUUGUCAAGGCUAAGGCCGAGUUUAUAGAUACAAUGUGGCAGAAACACCAGCAGAAUCAGAGAAAUCAAAACGGCAGGUCAAGACCUAUGACCUCAAAUCAGCAGGGAGGCCAACAAUCCAUAUUUGGGAAUCAAAAUCCGGCCAUUGUUGAGCCACCACAGCAUCCUUUGUUUCCUUUGAGACCAGGACAACAGGAAGAUUCUCAUUCCCUGCCAUCCACCCCAAUUCUGGGACAGCCAACUCAUCAGGUUUCAUUCCCCAAUGGACAAACUGAGACGAAUUCUCAGCUGGUACAAUUUCCACAACAUCCCGUUCAGAGCGGUUCACAAUUUCCCCGAAAUCCAAAUCAACAGGGCAACUCGGCAUUUGUACAAACACCACAACAAACAGGAUCACAAGGACCCUCCGAACGACCAGGAACCUCAAAUCAACAAGGCAACUCUGGAUUUGUACAGCUGCCACCAAGUGGCGCCCAAUCACCCAACAUUCAAACGCCACCCGCUCAAGUAUUGGAUCCCUUUAAGCCUUUUGAAUUUAGGCCACCACCAGAGGAUGAAGUUGUUUUUGCCGAGGACAAUAAUUCGAUAAGCAAUCUAACACCCGAUCCCAAUCCGAGACCUAAUUCCAAUGAUAGGCCGGCAGUGAGAGCUUGUCGCCGUAUACAGGAAGGCCUCAAGCCAAGUUUGUCCCAACACAUCUUGGGUGGCAUACCCGCUGAAUUGGGUGAAUUCCCCCACAUGGCUGCCAUCGGUUAUGGCCGUAUCGGUGAUGAUGACCAGGGUCCCUAUGACAUCCUCUGUGGUGGUAGUUUAAUCGAUGCCCGUUUCGUCUUGACAGCAGCCCAUUGUGUUGCAUCCAGAGAUCGUAGACCAUCGAUUGUUCGUCUGGGUGUGGUGAAUUUCACAAAUCCCGAGGAGAUGGCCAAUGCAGUGGAGAUGAGAAUAAAGCAAGUCCAUAUCCACCCUGAGUAUUCACAGCGCCGUACUUACAAUGAUAUUGCCCUGCUGGAAUUGGAGCAGCCGGUGGCAUUUACUGAACUAAUAUACCCCAUAUGUUUGUAUUCGGAUAUUGCUGACCCCAAAACCGAUAUCCGACUAUGGGUAUCUGGCUGGGGGACAAUAAAUACAGCAACUCGUGCCUUUUCAAAUAUUCUACUCAAAGCCCCCCUGUUUGUCACACCCAUUGACAAAUGUAAUGCCAGUUUUGUCGACUAUGGCUUGACACGACAAAUUCAAGAUGGCAUUAUUGAUACCCAGCUGUGUGCCGAAGAUAAGGAUCUGAUUAAGGAUGCGUGUCAGGGUGAUUCGGGUGGCCCAUUGGUAUUGGUUGUGGAUGAAUCCCUGAAAAGUUAUAAAAUAGUCGGUGUGGUCUCAGCUGGAUUUGGUUGCGCCAACACCACACCGGGUCUAUAUACCCGGGUGGCAGCAUUUUUGGAUUACAUAGAACAAAUUGUGUGGCCCAAUGGUAGUGUCUGAUGGAAAUGUGUCUAGUACCAAAGAUAUAUAU